GGGACGGGCGGAGCAGAGUGGCGAGUUAGGUUUGCGGGCGACCCGUGUCCCACGCAGCUGCCCCUGGGGAAGUGCGGAGCCGGCUCUGGAGCUGCUCCGGGUGCGCGGGGCGAUACCGACUCCCUCAAGGGAGCUGGUCCGCCUGGGGCAAGGCUGAAUUCUUUGCAGUGCUGGGCCUGGGCUAGGAUUGUAGUCCUUCUUGGGUUGCGCCGGACGGAGAAGGGAGAUAUUCAUCAGAAAUGGCUCUUUUGCUAGUCCCAUCUUCUCUGUCUCACGAGGUUUGGAAAGGAAGCACUACCAUUUGUGCAGAGACAAUUUUGUUAAUCCCUUGGAUUAGGGAUUGAAUAUGACCAAGCUUCGAAGCUUUCGGCGUCACUGCCUUCUGCCGAGAACUCAGUUUCCUGCAUCUGCUGAAUCUCAGAAACCUCGACUGAAAAAAGCUCAAGAGUUUCCUAUUUUGGAGAAGCAGAACUGGUUGAUACAUCUUCACUAUAUACGGAAGGAUUAUGAAGCGUGCAAGGCUGUUAUCAAAGAGCAGCUUCAGGAGACUCAGGGGUUAUGUGAAUAUGCUAUCUAUGUCCAAGCAUUAAUAUUUCGCCUAGAAGGAAAUAUCCAAGAAUCCCUAGAACUCUUUCAGACGUGCGCUGUUCUCAGCCCUCAGUGUGCUGAUAACCUCAAGCAGGUGGCCAGAUCUUUAUUUCUUUUGGGAAAACAUAAAGCUGCCAUUGAAGUAUAUAAUGAAGCAGCUAAACUUAACCAGACAGAUUGGGAGAUCUGUCAUAACCUAGGAGUUUGCUACAUUUAUCUGAAACAGUUCAAAAAGGCACAAGAGCAGCUGCACAAUGCCCUACAUCUUAACAGGCAUGAUUUGACUUACAUAAUGCUGGGGAAGAUCCACCUGCUGGAGGGAGACUUGGACAAGGCCAUUGAAAUCUACAAGAAAGCAGUGGAGUUCUCACCAGAGAAUACAGAACUUCUUACGACUUUGGGAUUACUCUACUUACAGCUCGGCAUUUACCAGAAGGCAUUCGAACAUCUUGGAAAUGCACUGACCUAUGACCCUACCAACUACAAGGCCAUUUUGGCAGCAGGCAGCAUGAUGCAGACCCACGGGGACUUUGAUGUUGCCCUCACCAAGUACAGAGUUGUAGCUUGUGCCGUUCCAGAAAGUCCUCCACUCUGGAACAACAUCGGAAUGUGUUUCUUUGGCAAGAAGAAAUAUGUGGCAGCUAUCAGCUGCCUGAAACGAGCCAACUACUUGGCACCCUUUGAUUGGAAGAUUCUGUAUAACUUGGGCCUUGUCCACUUGACAAUGCAGCAGUAUGCAUCAGCUUUCCAUUUCCUCAGCGCAGCCAUCAACUUCCAGCCAAAGAUGGGGGAGCUCUACAUGCUUUUGGCUGUGGCUCUGACCAAUCUGGAAGACCCAGAGAACGCCAAGAGAGCCUACUCGGAAGCCGUCCGCCUGGAUAAGUGUAACCCAUUAGUAAACCUCAACUAUGCUGUGCUGCUGUACAACCAGGGCGAGAAGCAGGGUGCCCUGGCUCAGUAUCAGGAGAUGGAGAAGAAGGUCCACCUGCUGCAGGACAGCAGCUCUCUGGAAUUUGACGCCGAGAUGGUGGACAUGGCCCAGAAGCUGGGAGCUGCCCUCCAGGUCGGGGAGGCACUGGUCUGGACGAAACCAGUUAAAGACACCAAGUCAAAGCACCGGACCACUUCAACUAGCAAAGCUGCCAGUCUCCAGCAGCCUCUGGGCUCUAAUCAAGCCCUAGGACAGGCAAUGUCUUCAGCAGCUGCAUACGGGAAGCUCCCCUCAGGUGCUGGAGGAACAUCCCAUCUCACAAAGCCACCAUCUCUGCCUCUGGAGCCACAGCCCACUGUGGAAGCACAUCCAAAUGAAGCAUCUGCACAAAUAAGAGAAAAAUAGGAGUAGGAUGACCCCGGACUAUAGGUUUCUCUGGUGAGGAUGUAGCAGAUUAGGAAAGGUCACGCAACACAGGCAGCACGGACGCCAGUGUGUUCCCUGGGCACCAAGGACCGCAGGAUGUGUUGUGAUGACCCCAAGGAGCCUGAGGCCUAGCAGCCUCUCAUCAGCCCCGUCAGCCGGGACCAGACAGGUCCUUUCAGAAUUAAGAGCAGGGCUCACGGCUCUGUGUUUGUAGCUUCAAGAGCCAGCAGGGCACGUGAUGCUGUUUGCUUCUGAAAUGACUGUCAUCUCCUGGAUGACUUCCUCCUUCCUUUGUGGAAGGAAAGUCUGAGACAGACCUCUACUCAUUAGCUCUGUUAUGAUGAAGCCUUGGCUUAGCUGAGAUGGUCCUCAGACUGGGGGGCAUGGCAGCCUCCAAGGCAAACAAAUCUUGGAUUAAUAAUCCAGCUCUAACACUCUAAAUUUAAGGGGAAAAAUGAUGAAAAAAAACCUCUGUAUAUUGAGGUUGAAUAUUCCAGCUAUGCUUGUCCAGGGGAAUCCAGAACAAGGCCCUGUGGCUUGUUCUUGAGAGAGGUCAGAGUGUGGAGUCAGAUCAUGUCAGUGUGAUAAGAAGUAGGAGUGAAGGGCUGGUCUGGUAUCAGCACCAGCAAUUAAAAGGAAAGGAGGAGCUUCUUAACUAAUUUUUAUUUAAGACCAUCAAUGAUACUACUGGCCAGAUGCUAUCAAUUCAUUAUAUGUCCUUUUUAGAAUCAAGAUUAUGUAUCAUCAUCCCUUUGGGAGAAGUUGUUAGGUAUAAAAAUAAGAGAUCACAAUAAAAACUUCUUAAAAGAACCUAUGAUCACAGUCUUACU